AUGGGUGCUUCAGCGCCGGAAGAAGCGCUAGUGCUGGGCCGCUAUGAUAAACAGGUCAGCACAAAGCUAGAUGGACUCGAUGCGCAAAACCCUCUGUUCUACGAGAAGAAGGAAACAUUGGAUGCCAAGCAUGCGCAACGACGACGACAACAACAACAACAACAACAACAACUGGACCAGCAGCCGGAGCAAAGCAAACCAACCUCUGAGGAACUUGAGCCGGAAUACUUUCGCGAUCGCGCAGAGAUCAAAAGACGUGGUCAGCAGCUAGCCUUUGAUCAUGCCCUUACCGAGAAUGCCGAUGAUGCCGAGCGCAAGGCCAAGAACUUGCUCGAUAUUGUAAGGCACAAUGAUGAUGUCGCAUUCUACUCACAGGCCGAGCCGCUCACGGGCUACCGCGGCCAGAAACAUCGUCGAUGGGCAGGCGACCACUUCCUGACCAACUGGGAUAUACUCAACGAGACUGUCUUGUUCAAGGUUACGACUCGUAUGCCCAAGGGGGCGCACUUACACAUUCACUUUAACUCUACGCUUUUGCCCCAUGUUCUACUGGACAUUGCCCAAGGUAUGGAGCAAAUGUACAUAUCCAGCGACAAACCUCUGGACAGUGUGGACAACUUCAAUACCUGUGAAAUCCAGUUUCUCAUGAAGUCGGAAGAUGUCGUCGCAGCCGACAGGACCAAACUUAGAAAUAUUGGGCCUCGGGAACUUUCCAGCCGGUCUAGCUCGGAUACACACAAUUUGUUCUCUUCCAACUUUGUCCAGUUGACAGAUGAGAGAAAUCAACGUCUGUCAUGGAUGAAGUAUCGAACUUUUAGAGAGCAAUGGGACCAGCGACGGAAGAAAGGCUCUGUUCUCCCAGAAACCCUCUCUAGGGGUCUAGGCGUGUCAGGAGCAGGACAUUCGCAGAGCGACAAGGGCGCCGGAGCCAUGACGUGGAAAGACUGGCUAAUCAGCAAGCUUGUAUUUGAUGAUCAGGAAGCUCACAAUUCUCUACAGACUGCUGAAGGGGCGUGGGAAAAGUUUAAUGGGCGCACAAGGAUGAUGAAGGGUCUCUUCAAUUACGAGACUGCUUUUGUCAAGUAUACCUGGAGCUGCCUCGAGGAGUUUGAGCGCGACAGGAUCCAGUACGCUGAGAUCAGGCCAAACUUUAUGAUGACUAACCAGAUAUACACGGACGAUGGCAGCAAGCAGUUAGAUAAUCGGGAAACCAUGAAGAAGAUUGUCGAGAUUUUCCAAAAGUUUAAGCAACAGAGACCGAGUACGACAGUAUGCGGCUUAAAGGUCAUUUAUUGCACACCUCGUUCUUUCUCUGCCGACAAGGUGGAGGCCAGUCUCAACGAGUGCCUUUCAUUCAAGACGGGCGAAUUUAGAGAUUACAUUGCCGGUUUCGAUUUGGUGGGCGAAGAAGCCCAAGGAAAGCCGCUCAAGGCCUUUAUACCGGAGUUCUUGGAGUUCAAGCGAAAGUGCAGAGAGCAAAAGGUCAACAUCCCGUUCCUCUUCCACUGCGGCGAAACCCUCGAGUUGGGCGGCGAUACGGACGACAACCUGCUAGACGCCCUCUUGCUAGACUCCAAGAGAAUCGGCCACGGCUUUGCAUUGGCCCGCAAGCCCUACCUGAUUUCGGAAUUCAAGAAGAGGGACAUAUGUCUCGAGUUGUGUCCUAUUUCUAAUCAGGUGCUUGGGUUGACGCCAAGAAUGAAUGGUCAUGCGAUGUACGAGCUUCUGGCAAACGACGUUCACUGCACACUCAGCAGCGAUAAUGGAACGCUCUUCAAGUCUACCCUGUCCCACGAUUUCUAUGAGGUCAUGGUUGGAAGCAAGGCAAUGACUCUCCACGGCUGGCGUCAACUCAUUGAAUGGAGCAUCAAACACGCCAGUUUGGAUUCUGCUGAACGAUCCAAACUAGAAGAGGUGUGGACAAAACUAUGGGCUCAGUUUGUCGAGUGGAUUAUAGAUUCAUUUGACCAUGUCGAACCGAUCGUAGCACCCCCGGCCAAGCCUUCCACAUCUAGGAAGAAUGGAGAGAGCGAUGAGGCCCUGCAGGAGCGCUUGAAGGCCGAGAAGUCACAGUAUGACCUCGACCACUCGAAUUUUCUAAAGCAGAUAGAGGCAUGGAAAGCAAAGGCAGCGAAACUGUAG